ACGACUGACUCCGGUCAUUCUACGGAUGCGGCAUACCGGAUCACAGUCUCUGCUUCCACACCUGGAUCGCCUGGGAGCAUGCCUUCGACGGUCGGCGCUGACACCGCCGUGAUCAUCUGCUCCUGCAUGACGCUCUCUUCUCCCUGUAAUCCUGUAUGUUCCCAUGAACUUUGUAUAGAGAUCCGGGGUUGCUAACUGUCAGUGCAUAUCCAGUGAGCUUUGCCUGAUUAGCUGUGUACAGCCGUUGACUAGAGGUGGCCAUGUCUCUGUCGCUGACUCGCUGUCUUGAUUUUGAAUAAGGAAAUCUUCUUUCCCUCUCAUCUAAUCUCGCCGGGAGUCUUCUCCAGAUGCCAUUCUCCCUGAAAUUCAUAUCUCCCCAUCUCCUCCAAUCCCGGACCAGUCCCAAAUUCUGACUUGUUUCCUGCUCCUGCAUUGAGUCCGGACUGCUCUGCUCCCCAUGGCGGCGGCGGGCGAGCCGGAGGUGAUCCGGGACAAGGCGGCGAUGCGGGCGUGGUCGCGGCGCCGCCGCGCGGAGGGCAAGACGGUUGUGCUGGUGCCCACCAUGGGCUUCCUCCACGAAGGCCACCUCUCGCUCGUCUCCACGGCGGCCAACGCCUCCGCCGGGGCCCCCGUCGCCGUGGUCGUCUCCAUCUACGUCAACCCCAGCCAGUUCGCGCCCACCGAGGACCUCGCCACCUACCCCUCCGACCUCGCCGGCGACCUCCGCAAGCUCGCCUCCACUGGCGCCGUCCACGCCGUCUUCAACCCCCCAGACCUCUACGUCCGCGGUACCGACGGUUCCGGAGGCGCGGCUGUCUCGGGUUCCUGCCUGCAGGAGGCGGCGGGGGGCCACGAGACCUGGAUUCGGGUGGAGCGGCUGGAGGUGGGGCUGUGUGGGAGCAGCCGGCCGGUGUUCUUCCGUGGAGUGGCCACCGUGGUGUCCAAGCUGUUCAACGUCGUUGAGCCUGACGUCGCCGUCUUCGGGAAGAAGGAUUAUCAGCAGUGGCGUCUCAUCUGCAGAAUGGUUCGUGACCUUGACUUCGCCAUAGAGAUCAUUGGAUCAGAAAUAGUGCGUGAAGCCGAUGGUCUUGCCAUGAGCUCUCGCAAUGUGCACCUAUCGCGUGAGGAAAGGGAGAAGGCGUUAUCCAUUAGUAAAUCAUUGGUAAAUGCUAGAACUUCUGCAUUGAAAAAUAGCAACAGUGCUAGCCAACAUAUGAAGAAUCAAAUAGCGCAGACACUGUCUGAAGCUGGUGGUCGGGUUGACUAUGUUGAGAUCGUGGAGCAAGAAAGUCUGGUACCUGUGGAUACGAUCGAUCGCCCCGUCGUCAUCUGUGUUGCCGCAUGGUUUGGAAAGGUUAGGCUGAUCGACAAUAUCGAGAUUCAUCCAGGAUCGUGAGGGUUCUACCAUAGCCUUGGAAAUGUAUCUUAGUGUUCACAUAUGUGUAUUCUUUGUCAAAAGAAAGGCCAUGUUGUACACUGAAAAUCUGUAACAGCCACAUGCAAAGAACUGGUAAGGUCCUUAAUAUACUUCCUCUGUAUUUUUUGAGUAAUCAAUGUGUUCUGCAGACUGAA